AUGAAUGUGUAACUCUCAAUAAUCCAUGCCAGAAUGGUGGACAAUGUGCUGAUAAUGAAGAUGAUAUGGGUUACUCAUGCAACUGUACAGCAGGGUAUACGGGAGCUAAUUGUUCAACAGAUAUCAAUGACUGUGAGCUGAAUCCCUGCCUGAAUGGUGGAACCUGUACAGACAUGAUUAAUGGUUUCACUUGUACAUGUGUAACUGGAUAUACAGAAUUAAACUGUAGUAUUGAUAUUAAUGAAUGUCUCAGCAAUCUUUGCAUGAAUGGUGCAACCUGCAAUGACCUGGUCAAUGGAUACAACUGUACAUGUGCAGAAGGAUUCAAUGGAACUUUUUGUGACACUGACAUAAAUGCAUGUGAGCCCGACCCUUGUGUCAAUGCUGUGAACUGUACAAACCAUUUAAUGAAUGAAGAUGAUGCAACGUACACAUGUCUCUGCCUGCCUGGAUGGAUGGGGCAAAACUGCUCAGAGGAUAUUCGUGAAUGCAAUUCAACACCUUGUGCGAAUGGAGGAACUUGCAUAGAGGGCACAGACUCUUUCAACUGCACUUGUGCUCCUGGCUACAAUGGAACGUAUUGUGAAAAUAUUUGUCCUCCUGGUACAUUUGGAGAUUACUGUGUGGAGAGCUGUACGUGUGUAGAUGGAGCUAACUGCAGUAAUGUCGACGGAAGCUGCACUUGCGAACCGGCAUUUGAUACGGCAGUUUGUGACAAACAGAAUGUCAGCGUCAGCGCUAGUUUGACACCAGAGCCUCCUAACAAUACUAUAUCGGAAUAUGAUGUCUUCACGCUUGCAUGUCAGGUCAACCUCGCUGAGAUUGACCUGGAGGAGUUCAUGUGGACGAGAAAUGAUGUUGAACUCCCAACAAACAAUUCCAACCCAAAGUACUUGGUAUCCCGAAACCCUGAUACAGGAAUGUACAACAUCACCAUCCGGAAUGCCAGUGCAGAGGAUACAGGGUCCUACGUCUGCACUGCCGUGACGGCAGGAAGACAAUUUAAUGCCUCCAGUGAUACCAUUGAAGUUAAUGUCAUUGUGCAAGGGCAAAUCGACCGUGAACUCAGCAAAUUUGAAGAUCGCAUCCAACUUAACCAAACAGCAAGUCUCAACUGUACUGUGUUCUCCAGUAGUGAGGCAAGCAUCGCAUGGGAGCGAUAUGGAAUGAGACUAGAGAAUGGAACGAACAGGGCAAGCAUUGAACCCGGCAGUGUAGAGGGGAUAGGAGGGAUGUAUUUCUUCAGCGUACUUGAGAUAUCGGAAAUUGUCCGAGCUGAUAAUGGAAUUUAUACAUGCUUGGCCCUGGAUGCAGAGGACAAUGAGACGGACAGGGCUGAUUUUACCAUCUUUGUUCAAGAGGUGCCCGAACUUGAUAAUCCAAGAAUUAUGGAUGUUCUGUCCACACAAGUUACUCUUUCGUGGGACUUCACUGUUCAAGGCAAUGAUGAUGACAUUAACUGUACAGCCACGUACUCAUACCAAGUAAAGAAUGAAGCGACGAAUGGGACAGGAGAGCAAGAUGUGGGUGGCACAUCACCAUGUGAUGUGAUAAACCUGACACCCUAUGCCACUUACACAUUCCAGCUGACCUGUGUGAAUCUUGUGGGAAGGAGCGAGCCUCUGGUCUUUGAUUCUGUGGACACCCAAGUUGGAAAACCAUCUCCACCUCGUAAUGUGAGUGUACCCAUAGGUAGAAUAGAAGCACGGCAGGUUUUCGUGCAGUGGGUUGAGCCUGAGAUAAAAAAUGGACCCAUCGAAUCCUACAUAGUCAGAGCUAUACAUCCUGAUGGGCUUAACAGAGAUGUAAUAAAGACUAUCACACCACCUACCGGCACUACUACUACUCUUGGGAACCUUACACCAUAUACAACCUACGAGAUCACAGUACGGGCAUCUAAUAUAUUAGCUGGCACAUUGAGUGAGGAGUCUGAACACUCAGAUCCUUUUACAACUUUAGAAGCUGAACCAGGAGAACCUGAUGAAUUUGAUGUGACUGAUAACGAGAGUGAGUGUAUAGUUUCAUGGAAGAUACCACAGGAGCCAAAUGGAGUGAUCACUGGAUAUACACUCUACACAGAAAUCAAGAGAAGGGAUACAGGCGAUAUAGUCUCAUCCCAACGAAGUGACCGAGGUGUUCAAUUAGGAGCUUCUUUUAUGAUCUCUACUUUGGAAUUGUAUUCCAUCUAUCGUUACUCUGUCAGUGCUUCGACUACUAUUGGAGAAGGCCCGAAUGCUACUUCUUCAAGCCUUUGCGAAACGCCCUCAGGAGGACCUUUGCUGCCUCCAGCCCUCCCAACUCCUGACGAAGGUGAUAUCACACAAACGAGCUUCACGGUUGCACUACCAACCUAUGAUGCACGCAAUGGUCCUGUAAGUUGUUAUGAGGUGAUUGUUGUCAGGCUGGAGGAUGUUGCUGCUGGUGCAAGCUUAGAUUCUUCUACCCCCACUUACCAACCUGAUCAGAUCAAGAGCUACCAAGAAGCCAGGGACAAAACAGGAGUUCCAUAUAGGGCUGUUGUAUUUAAGGACCGUCCCACCUCGGGCAUGUUAGUCGUUGGUGCAACCGAAAAUAAUGUAUCCACAUGUUAUACCGGUGGUUCAGCGGGAAGUGGUAGAAGACGAAGGAGAGAAACGGUAGCUGUCGAAGACCUGACAGCUGUUAAUGGUCCUCUUGAAGCUGGUGGAACCUAUUCAUCCUUCGUUAGGGUCUACAUUCCUUCAGAAGCUGACCGCGGGAUGGCUUUCUAUGAGAAUGGACCAUUCAUGUCCCCAGUCGAACUAGAGAAAAGAUCGAAUGUCGCCGCUAUCGUUGGAGGUAUAUUUGGAGCCUUGAUUGCAGUGUGCAUUGUUGGUGUCGUCGUACUGAUAUUUUACAGGAGAAAACAGAAUGAACCGAACGAUCUCCUGAUGACUCCAGUGUCUAACGGACCUCGGGAAAAUGGCAACGGAGCAAUAGGCAUGCAGAAUCUAGGUAUAGAAGAUGCAGACGACAUGAUCGUGAAGCCCAUAAGGCUGGAGAACUUGGAGAAAGCAAUCCGACAAAAGGCUCAAGAUGAGAAGAGAAUAUUCUGGGCAGAGUAUAAGGCUUUGCCGAACAGACCCCCUCCCAUGGUGACAAUGAAUAACAGCAAUCUCCCUGCGAAUAAAGACAAGAACAGAUACAUCAACAUCAUUGCCUACGAUCACACCAGAGUGAGACUGAAGGCCAUUGAUGGCAUCGAAGGGUCGGACUAUAUCAAUGCUUCCUAUGUCAACGGUUAUCAGUCUCCUGAUAAAUUCAUCGCUGCACAGGGUCCCAAGGACAACACUAUAGAAGAUUUCUGGAGAAUGAUCUGGGAAUAUGACUGCUCUACCAUUGUCAUGCUUACUAAAUGCGUUGAAGAUGGCAAGGACAAAUGUUCACAGUACUGGCCCAACAAGGGUGCCAUUAAGUAUGGCAGGUUCAAGGUAAAAAUGGAUUCGGUAAAGGAGACGGCAGAAUACCUCAUCAGGUCGCUAUUACUCUCAGAGGAUGGCAAAGAGAGUGGUGAGCGAACCAUCACACAGUUUCAUUUCUUAGGUUGGCCCGACCACGGUCAGCCCGACUACCCAUCCCCUAUGAUGUGUCUUAUCAAGAGGGUACGACAUCUCACGUCAAAGAUGAACCACAGAGCCAACAUUGUCGUCCAUUGCAGUGCUGGAGUGGGUCGCACAGGAACAUAUAUUGUGAUAGAUGCUAUGCUAGAUAUGAUGAAACAUGAGAAGCAAGUAGAUGUGUAUAACUUUAUACAUGAUAUCCGUCAACAGAGGAAUACGCUAGUACAGUCUUUCGUCCAGUACUUCUUCAUCCAUAUGGCCUUGCUAGAGGAGCACCUGUUUGGUCACUCCGACGUCGCUAUGUCAGAAUUCCCUAUGUACUAUCAGCAACUCAGCAAUAAAUCAGAAUUUGAUGAUGAUCUCACAAAACUAGAGGUGGAAUUCAGGAGAGCAUGUAAGUUGGGUGUGAAUGGAGUAGAGCAGAGGUUUGCAAACAUUGAGCAGAACAAAGACAAGAACCGUAUAGGACACAUUCUUCCAUAUGACAAGAACGUAGUGAAGCUUGAGAGAUUGAUUGGUGAAGAGUUUUCAGAUUACAUCAAUGCAUCAUACAUCACAGGUUAUCAACGUAAAAAUAUGUACAUAGCAACACAGGGUCCCCUUCCAAACACGAUAUCCGACUUCUGGCGUAUGAUAUGGGAAAGCCAAACAGCGACGAUAGUUAUGCUUACAGAAAUGAGCCAGAAAGGACAUGAAAUGUGUGCCCAGUACUGGCCUCUGGAGAUGGAUGAAACAGAAGAACACGGGAACAUCUCGGUCACCCUGGUAUCAGAAUCAGACGAGGAUGACGCCUUCACCAUUAGAGAUAUAGAGAUAUCUCAUGCAAAGAUCAUGCAGAACAUCUACGGUAACGUAGACACUCGGAACGAAGAGUCUGCAGAGGGCGCCGAGGGUGCCGAAACCGACUCCCAAAGCGCUAUCUACGGAAAUGUCGACGAAUCUGCCCCGCCAACUCCAAUGAAAGACAUACGCAAGAUCCGGCAGUACCACUUCCGAGGCUGGCCGGAGGUGGGUGUCCCGGAAUCCGGGGCCGACCUGAUGCACCUGGUCAACCAGUCGCACCUCCAUCAGAAGGAGGCGGGUCCUGGUCCCAUCGUGGUACACUGCAGUGCGGGAGCGGGGAGGACGGGCGUCUUCAUCGCCCUCAACAUCCUGAUGAGCCGGAUGGAGGAGGAGAGUAUGAUCGAUGUCUUCCAGACUGUCCGAGGCCUCAGGCAACAGCGCCCUCACAUGGUUCAAGACUUGGCCCAGUUCAAGUUCUGCUACUCGGCAAUGGUGGAGUACCUGGAGAGCCAGAGCACUGAAUACCAGAACUUUGUAGCUCGUGUCUAGCGCAGAAUAAUCAAUAACUCGUAGGGGACUUGUGCAAAGUGUAUAAAGUCAUAUCCAGGUCACAACUCUGGCUGAGGAGCUGGAAUAGUGCAAAUAAUGCACAGGAGUGUGUACAUUCAGGUCCAAAUAAUGAGCAAUGCUGAGAAGCAGACAUGCAAACCGUUCCCUGUUUAGAGUAUUUGUUCCUCUUUUUUGCUAUGAAUAUGCCAUAUUUUUUUGUACGAUUUUUAAUAUUUUUUUAAAUUUCCAAUCAUGGAGUGUGUAUUAUACACAGUGAGUGACGCUAGCGCCGAUCCAACGGUCCCAGACCAGUAAAAAGUCACUGUCGGGCCAGUAACUUGUUGCAUGAAAAGAACAAGUAAAAUCUUGCCUACGAGCACAUGUUUAUAAGGGUGAAUUAUCAAGUUUUUAGAGUCAUUUCAUAUGUUUAUUCACCGAUCUCACAAAAAUAGGCCAGCGAUUUUUACGUUCAGACAAAUUUUUAGAAAUACUCAUCUUUUUUUAGAAAAAAUACUCUUUUUUUUGUGAAAAAAAAAUGGCAGGUCUGGAGAAGAGAAAUGGAUAUACCAUAACAAGGUCCGCAGGAUUGUGUGCGAUGUACCGCGGUGCAGAGGCAAGCACAGAGUUCACUAUUUUGGUUCCUGAAUGCACAAAUGAAAGUACCUCAGCCACAUGUAAUACCGAAACAGACUUGUUACUUUCUUUAGCAUUUAUCUACAUCAUGAUGAAAUAUUUAGACCUCAUGUGCAGAGUUGCAUGAGAAGUCCAUGGCUUGGAUAUUUUGGAAGACAUUGAUGGAUGAAUGGUGGAUUGCGGUACGGAGGGAAUACAUGUAUGUGAUAGGCAAUCAUCUAAUAGCACCUGACUUAGGUUUUAUGUGAGAAACGUUUUACACUUGUUGUAAAUAAUGAAAAACAAGAUUCUGUAAUUUGAAUACAGAGCACAAAAUGACAUGAUUUAACUUAUUUCAUGAAGUGUUUUCUGAACGAGGACGGCAGAUCGUAAAGAUGAAUUGAACUUUUCUUCCAAAUAAAAUGUGAUGAAUAUAAAAUGUUGCCAAUUUGGGUGAUUUAGAGAUCCUUAUGUACCGCAUAUGUUGAAAGAUGACAGUAAUAAUAAUGGAGGGAGAUGAUGGGCUUGUGAUUGUUGAUGCUAUGUCAGCAUGUGAUAUGUAUAAUAAACUAUUAAUGCAACUAUGAGUAGUUUUGAGUAUGCACAUUCCACGAAAGUCACAAUCACCUUUCUCACGAACAACUAUUCAUCAAUCUACUUAAAUAUUCUACAUGUGUAUACAAUAAGAUUUGAUUACUAAUGAUUGAAUUGAUAUUAAUGUCAAAUGUACUAUUAAUCCAUAGUGUACUGAUAUAUUCCAUUUGUAGUACUGAAAUUUAUUCGAAAUAUAGUUCCUUUCUACUCAACUUUGAAAUGCAAGAAGUGUGUUUUUGUGCAUAGAUUACAAGAAAUGUUCAUAUUUGUUAGUAAAUCAAGGGCAAAAGUAUCACUUCUCUUUUAUGAAUGAUAAGCAGUAAUCUAAGAUUGUCAGUGUUAUAUUAUGAUAAGUUGGUUCUUGGUAUUACUAUCUUAUUAUAAUACAAGGUUUUGGAAAACAGCUACAUGUAUGACUUGUUUCCCUUAAAAUCAACGUACUUCCAGAUGAAAUAUUAUUUUUUUAUAAAUGGAUUGAGAUUGACAACUUUUGAAAUGUAGAGAGUACAUGUAUAAUUUCUUUGUGUUUUUGCAGGAAUAUGUUAUUAAUGCUUACGUGAUGCCAAUGCACAGGUUAAUUAUCAUGCAUAUAAUGAAUGUCCAUGAGUGCAAUGGACAGAAUACUUCACGAGGUGAAAGAUGAAAUGUUCCAUCGAACCAAGAGUAGCCAAAUUAAAUGGAUCUUUCAUUUCAUCUUUCACCUCACCGAAUGAAGUAUUCUGUCCAUUGCACAAAUGAAAAGAACAUUCAUUACUUGGUUUUACAUGACACAUAACAGUAGAUUCUUUUUCGUAGGAAAUCUAUCAAUUUCAAUGCAAAAAUAUAAUCAUGCAGUGCGAGCUUGGUCUGUUUAUUGUCGCGUACAUGAGGUGCAUACAACAUAUGCGCUGCAUGCAAACACUAGUGGUUUACUUGUGGUGCCUGUAGUAUAAAGUCUCGAUGUGCGCGUGCAAUGGACAAAAUCUUAUGGAUCCAAAAUUGCACGGUUGAUGACGUCAUUGUAAAUGGGCUGAAUGAGCGAUAUCAAACAACCAAUCAAAUGACAGGGAUCUCUCUAGGUGUCGUAUAAAACGGUAUGAAUGUGUGGGGACAUUACCUGAAGUUCAUUACUGUUUGAAUCUGUCUUUUAGGUUAUUUUUCUCUUCUUUUUUAUUUUCUUUUGGUCUUUUCUAUCUCCUAAUUUCCUUAUCCAUUCCGUAUGAUGCUAGACCAUUCCAUACUCAAGGCAUUCCCAGACAUUCUCUAUGUUUCGUUCGUUAUGCUCCAUUCAUAGCUUCACGCUCCAUGUAUCAAAAAUCUACCCUUAGUACAUCCUUUUAAAGCAGACCAAAAAUGAUUUGAAACAGGGUGGUUCAGUGGUAGCAUGCCUGCCUCAUGAAUAGGAGGUUGUGGGUUCAAACUUCAGCUGAGUCAUUACUCUUCUACUUUUGAUCCAUAUUUAUGUAUGGAAUAGAGAGCUCUAUUGCUUCAGAUUUUUUUAAGUUCCCAGUUAUACUAUACCAGUAUAACAGUGCGUUAAUUCCCUUUUAAUCAAAUUAUUGAUGAAUUCAUUAAUUUCCUUUUAUUUGGUUUUAGAUUUUGUGUUAGUGUAGGAUUAUGUAUCACUAAGUACUAUAUUCAAGACAUGUUGUGAAUAUGUAAUAUAUUCAUAACACUAUUCAUGAAUUGGCAAAAAGCAAUAUGUUUUUAAUAGUAAUGGAGAUUGCAUAAUAUGGAAAAAAAAAGGAAAUUUCACCAUAAUAAUAAUAAUAUACAACAUUUAUAAAGCGCUUUAUACAUAAGUUUCAAAGCGCUAAGAAAGAAGGGGAGAAAAGAAUACAAGAUAUUUCAGUAAAUUAAGAACAACAAAGGAACUGAAAGUGAAAAUACCAUUACGAAAAUUUGAUUAUUGAUUAUGCGUACAAGUAAAGAGAUAAUCGGCGAAUACCAUACUGAUAUACAUUGAAGAGAACUUCCAAAAUAACAGUAUUUUUUUUUCUUUCUAUUAAAAGGUAAAACAGUUUUGCAGUACUGAAAACGACCAAUAUUUUGCAUUUUGAAAUGUGAGGAAGAAAUUUUAAUGCUUGAAUUUGUAAUAAAUUGUACCCUUUUUAUGUCAGUAAGUGAUUCUCUGUUAAUGAUAUGUUGUUUUUUCUUUCCCUGUGUUUAGUAGAUAUAUUGUACAAAUAUUUGAUCUCACAUAUUACAAUGUUAUAAACCAUUCUAUUGUAUCGGUUCAUUUUGAAAUAAGAGAAUAUAUUGUGUAUGAUAUUUGUACUGUAUUUGUAUGUACGCAUUCUAUCCUUCCAUGUUAAAUUAAUGAUAUUUCAUUGUUUGUACAUAUAUAAAGAUUACAAUAUGCAAAAUGAUAUCUCUUACUGUUUUACAAAUAAAACAUUUUACCAUUAGGUGCAUUCUUUUAUACACAUAACAGGGGUGCAUUUAUGAAAUAAAAUGAUAUUUUUUAUAUCUUGCAAUUUUUCGGCGUAUGUACUGUAAUUGUAGGUAUUUAUAGUUAUCUGUACAUGUUUUGUAUUGUAGAGAUUUAGACUAUUAUAUUUGUUAUUUAAUUAUCUCUCUCAUCUCAUAGAUCAUGUCAUGUGAUCAAAAGAUUUUCGCUUGCACUUUGAAUUCUCCCAUCCUCAAUUUCUAUACCCAUUUCUUGUAGUUAAGAUGGUGUGGUAUUCAAACCACCUUUGAUUUUAUUUAACCUCUCUCUAGCCCAUCUUGGAUAUCUUUCACUUGUAAAUUGUAGCACAUUAAAACAGUUCAAAACAGUGUCAUUUGAAGAAGUAUUGCAUUCUAGAACGUACCCUGUUUUGUGUUGUAUAUGUGAGAUUAAUUCAUUGUUUUCCCCAAAUUUUUCAUCAACUUUUUGGGCUAUCAAAAAAUUAAAAUGUGUUAAAAAAUUGAUCCUGUUUUGACGUCGUAUUUUUGCAACAACAUUGUAUUUAUAAAGGGGAGCCUUGUUAUUAGUACUCAAAUGCAUUCUGAAUGUUUUGACAAGUAUGAUAAUUAAAGAAUAAUGAUGAACUAUUCUUGUAUUUUAUUAUCUAAAUUUAUUAUAUUUACAUACAUCAUUACAUAAUUUCACAUGUACUUCCAAUCAACUCUGUGACUUUAUUAAUCACUUUUUGUUCCAAAGUAUUGAAAGUAUUUCAGUCAUUAUAUAUGUACAUAGAUUUAUAAAAGUAUAAAUUUUGCUGAAGAGGCUUUUUAUAUUAAUUUUCAUAAUAAUGGUAUUGCUAUAGUAUGUCAACAUAAUAUUUUGGAUAUUUCUCACAAUUACUUUUUUAAACUUCCUACUCUUAAUGAAAAGAUAAAAAACUGUUAAAUUAAUUGCAAAAUAAAAGGUAGGGAUUAACCCUAUGAUAAAUCUACUGGGUUUCUAAGUUUGGAAAGCUCAUGAAUAUUUUGACACUUAUAUUUUGCUUGCAAUAAGAUUUAUAUUUCAGAUUUGAUUUUUAACAAUAAAAUAUGGAUUUUUAUAAUAAUGAGAAGUAAGAAAUGUA